AUGACUGACCGCACCCUGACUGACCGCACCCUGACUGACUGCACCCUGACUGACAGCACCCUGACUGACCGCACCCUGACUGACCGCACCCUGACUGACCGCACCCUGACUGACAGCAGCCUGACUGACCGCACCCUGACUGACAGCACCCUGACUGACCGCACCCUGACUGACAGCAGCCUGACUGACCGCACCCUGACUGACUGCACCCUGAUGGACCGCACCCUGACUGGCCGCAGCCAUAAACUGGCUGACAACACCCUGACUGACAGCAGCCUGACUGACUGCAGCCUGACUGACCGCACCCUGACUGACCGCACCCUGACUGACAGCAGCCUGACUGACAGCAGCCUGACUGACUGCAGCCUGACUGACCACUUCCUGACUGACCACUUCCUGACUGACAGCACCCUGACUGACAGCACCCUGACUGACCGCUUCCUGACUGACUGCAUCCUGACUGACCACAUCCUGACUGACAGCAGCCCGACUGACCGCACCCUAACUGACCGCAGCCUGACUGACCACAGUCUGACUGACCGCAUCCUGACUGACCACAGCCUGACUGACCACAGCCUGACUGACCACAGUCUGACUGACCGCACCCUGACUGACCGCAGCCUAUUGUUCUGA